ACCGGGCACCGGGCACCUCGCAGCUGCAGCCGUCGGAGCCGCGCACCGCGGCCGAGCAGGGCGCACCGCGGCCGAGCAGGGAGCCCCGGCCGCGCGGGACCAGACUGCUCUGCGAUGACCACAGCAAGGUACCGGCCCACCUGGGACCUGGCCCUCGACCCGCUGGUGUCCUGCAAACUGUGCCUGGGGGAGUACCCCGUGGAGCAGAUGACGACCAUCGCUCAGUGCCAGUGCAUCUUCUGUACUCUGGUUGGUUCCCUGGAGGAGGCCUGUUGCCUGAAACAGUAUGUGGAGCUCUUGAUCAAAGAAGGGUUAGAAACUGCAAUCAGCUGCCCAGAUGCUGCCUGCCCCAAACAGGGCCACCUGCAGGAGAAUGAGAUUGAAUGCAUGGUUGCAGCUGAAAUUAUGCAAAGAUACAAAAAGCUACAAUUUGAAAGAGAGGUGCUGUUUGACCCCUGUCGUACAUGGUGCCCAGCAUCUACCUGCCAGGCUGUGUGCCAGCUCCAGGACCUGGGACUGCAGACCCCCCAGCUCGUUCAGUGCAAGGCCUGCGACAUGGAGUUCUGCUCAGCCUGCAAAGCCCGCUGGCACCCUGGCCAAGGCUGUCCAGAGACCAUGCCCAUCACCUUCCUCCCUGGAGAGAGCAGUGCCACGUUCAAGCUGGGAGAGGAUGACGCAUCCAUCAAGCGCUGCCCCAAGUGCAAAGUCUACAUCGAGCGUGAUGAAGGGUGUGCUCAGAUGAUGUGCAAGAACUGCAAGCACGCCUUCUGCUGGUACUGCCUGGAGUCCCUGGAUGACGACUUCCUCCUGAUCCAUUACGACAAGGGACCCUGCCGCAACAAGCUGGGCCAUUCACGCGCCUCUGUGAUCUGGCAUCGGACCCAGGUCGUGGGCAUUUUUGCUGGAUUCGGCCUCCUGCUCUUGGUGGCCUCCCCUUUCCUGCUCCUGGCCACUCCUUUUGUACUUUGCUGCAAGUGCAAGUGUAGUAAAGGCGACGAUGACCCAUUACCCACCUAGAGGAAGACACAUUGCUGGACAAGACCCCACCUCCAGGAAGCGUGGCCCUCCCUGCCCCGCCGCCCCCUACUCACUAAACAUCUCUCUUGCCUUAUGUGCCCCAUUGAGCUUCACAGGGUCGGGCCAGUGACUUGUGUCGGAACCUCACCAUGGGGAAGACAAGGCAGGCGUGGGGAGGGCAGGUCCCCACAGUUGGUCUCUGCAGACCUGGUGUUGUGGGGGCUGUGGAAACAGAUGGGUCAGGUUUCCACUGUAGCAAGAACCUGGGGACAUCGGUGGGGUCUGAGAGUCCUUCUUGAACAAACGGCUAUCCGUCUCCUCCUUGGCUUUGAGAAGGCGCUGUGUCGUUGGGAGAAGUCUUGGAAGGUUUCACUUCUCUGCAGACAGAGUCUGAUUCUUCGGGCAUGAGAGAAGCACUCUGUUUAUGACAACUUUUUUUAUUAUUAUAAUUACUAAUGGCAUUUAGUAAAAUCCUUUUUAGAAGGCAUUUUUCCUUUCCAACUGAGUAGUGAAAAUCAAUAAGGUGCAUAUAAACCAUCCUAGGCCUUUCUUGAAACGUGCGUUCUCAGAAGUUAAAAUUCAGUGACUUUUCUGGCACAGUCACUUUCAGGAGGUUGAGGAAGCCUUACGCGGUUCGCUGGAAGCUGGCUGUGACUGUUUUUUAAGAGCUGUGAGCUGUGCACUGUCAGGUUGUGGUUCCCAUGUUGUUGCGUUGCUUGAUGGCGCCGAUGGGUUUGAAGGACUGUCCCCUUAGAUCAGCCCGUGCUAUCUCAUCUUUCGGGUGAUUCAACUUGGGGUCCCUCCUGUUCUCACCCAGGUAGCAGCACGCCCCUUCCAAUAUCUCCAAACCAAAUGUUUUUCUAGGGCAUUGUUCUCCGUGGAACUGGAGUGCUUUCUUCAGCCCCAGGCUCCAAGAAGACAGAAGAAAAUCAAGCCAGUUGCCUCCACAAGAGGGCGUCCUUGCAGGGCUGCAAGUCCCAGGGCUUUGGGGGAGCUUCUUGGAUCUUUAUGCUUUCUCAUUACUUUGACAUGUGCACAUCUUGCACAGCUGCAGGUCCUGUUGCUAACAACCAUGCUUGUCCUUGCUGGAAAUGAGCUAACUUACCCUUUACCUCCCCUUGGAUGUGAAGAUUCUGCCAUUGGUCGCUGUAGGGCUGUAGGUGAUGGUUUCCACGGCAGCAAGGUGUGCCAGUCAGGAAGCAGGUGCACAUUUCUUCCAUCCUCUUGACGCAAAGCAGAGAAAGUACGGAACAAACUUGCAAAGUCACUCGUGCUUGGGAGGGGCAAAAGGCAAAUGCUUCUGAUUGAUUAGGUGGAAUUGUAAGAUUUAUGCAGCAUCCUACAGAGAAGCCUGCCAGGAACAGAAUUCCCUUCUGGCUGUUAUUUUGGUCAUAGCAAGCACAGGUUAUUUUGUGUGUGUGACUUCUACCUGGGCAAGGUCCAACACUCCCUCCUUGACCUUGAACAGGUGAGAGGAAACGACAGUGCACCCCUCCUCACUGCGAGUGUUGAUGCUUUUCUGUGACAGAUGAAGCCAUGGACCAGUUCAGCUGGUAUCAGAGCCGUGUUCAGAAUUGUCUGGUAACUGCCCUGGACAAGUUCAGGAACCGAGAGCCUGCUGGGACCGUCUUCCUUGAUGCCCUGGCGGUGGGUCUCUGUCGUGUGAGACAUGAUGGUAGAUACAGUGGCGGCUCUGGAAGAGGAGUGAGAGUUGUGAGUCAGUGGCCAGCUUGUGUGGCUGCAGCUGCAGCUUGGGCCCUCUGAAGUGCCAGUCCAAGUUGGCAGGCCUGAGGCUGUUCCUAGUCCUUCCUGCCUGGUGUAGUUGGGUCAUCAGUGGUGCCCUUCCUUUGAGGGGUGGGCAAACCAGGGCCUUUGGAAAGGCUGCAUCAGGGUGGGUGAUGGUUCACACCCUGUUUUUCUUAGGAGGACAGGAUGUUCUUCCCUCUCAGAGCUAUUUCUGACCCGAUCACGUACGUCUGUAGCCCCAAACAUCCUUGUGCCUUCAGCUCCCCUGUAUUUUGUAAGUGUGUGGUUUGAUCCUUGUAGUGACCAAGCCUGUGGGGCCAGCCAGGGACAAUCAGAUUAGCACCUUCCUGCUUGGAGCCUUUGUCGCAAGCACGCCUUGGUCCGCUUUAGUAAUAAAACGAGAGCUCAUGUUUCCCUCCCCCGUGACUCCUGUCCUGAGCGAGGAAGCCAGACUCGAUGUGAGUGGUCACACACACUCGAUGCCAAGUCUCCAUGGAGGAGAUGGCCCUGGAUUUGAACUUCACUGCUCCUCUGCCGUCCACACUGGGUGCUCGGCGUGCAGCGGACAAGCGUUCCUGCGACACAGCAGUUUGUCUUCAGUGAACAGUGCAGUCAAGUGUGCAUGCAGCUUGCACUAGCUCCGUGGAUGCAUACCGUGUUACUCCUCAGGAGGCCCCUGCGCUCUGGAGUGGGGCCAGGCCGUGGCUCUCCUCCUGGGAGCGUCCUUGACAGCAGGUCCGCUGAGGUGUGUGGGCAACUGGCAGCGUGGGGGGGCUGUGCUGGCUGCUGUGAUCCCUGCAUCGGGCUCUGCCGUGGACCCCCAGAGUGGGGUCCCUGUACAUGUCCAUGUAGCAGAGGCGGGCUUCGCAGCGAGUCCUCAGUUGCAGGCCAGUUCCUCCUCCACUCCCAGCAGUCCCUGCAAACUGCUUAAUGGGCACCUGCCUCUCCGGGCACCUUUCGAAAGGAGAAGGCCUGCUGUUUUUUAGAUGGUUCUAUAAAACCAGUUUAGCAGCCAGCUCAAUUCCUGACUCGUGCCCAGGGCCCAGGGCAUGACUGUCACAGAGACAGCAAGACGAGUUUAUCUUUCUUCCUUAGCUGACAAAAUUCGAAAGCUUUCUUUCUAACAUAUUAGAAGAAGAAAUAUAUCUUUAGCAGCCAGGGGUUGGAAGGAGUUGGGGUGGACUUUUUAAUAUUUCUUAGAUUUUCUUCUAUGAAUAGAAUCUGUAAAUGACAAUGGAGUCGCCAGUGGAGCAGCGUUUCACAGAUCUAACACUGCAGGAAGGUCUGUUAGAGAUACCAAAGCUUGUCUAUUUCUUAGCAUUUACCCAAACCCCAGGAAAGCAGCAAAGCGAAGAGACCUGCGUUCAACACAUCGCUGACGCUUCCCGACCUGGCAAGCUUGCUGUCUCGGUUCUCAUGCCCCGAGGUCUCCCCGCCUCCGAUUUGUGCAGUCGUCUUCCACGAUUCCAGGGACCGUGACGGGCCUCCCAUGAGGGGCCACUCUGUGCCACAUGCCUGACCUUUCCGUCCUCCUCGGCUCACAUGACCGUGGGUGAAUGUCAGUCUUGCAUCAACUCCACACGGAUGACUUAUGCACAUGGAUGCAUUAUGUAUGUGACAAGUGAUGGUCGAGCAAACACAAGGCACUUUGUGUCUCUGCGGCGUCGUACGUCAUGUGCCACGAACACUGUGAUGUAUACACGAGCUGUCUGGAUGCCUUCUCAUGCUGUGUUUUGUACUUGGGAACCCUGAUGUAAUUCCAAUACAUAUUUUACAUGUAUUGUGUUUUCUGUGGUCCACCUCCUCACCCUUCAGAAGGGGGUGUCUUUUUCAAGAUAUUUUGGCUGGAAUACAGGUGACUUUUGUAACA